AUGAAAGGGAAAAAAGGGAGAUUUUUUAGGCAGGGGAAGGAUUUUAGUUUCAAGAAAGAAUGCCAUCGGAUUAGACCGAUUGGACAGAGAGGACACAGCCUAUUCGUUAACAUCCGAUUCAAAGCUACUGUCUUUGUGAACAUGAAGAGAGGGUCAAGCUUUUUACGCGCCUCGCAUCGGAAAGCACUCAAUGCCUUAAUUGAUUUCCUUACCUCCUGGCUUUCCACUGGAAGGAAAACAACCUUGCCGUACGAAAAGCAUUUCAAAAAUUUCCGUCUUUUUUGGCAUAAAAGGAAAGAUAUUAAUUUUUAG